AGGACGCAGGCUGAUGCCCUCGGCGCGUCCCGCCAUGGACGGGGAGCACUGCCCUCAGCACGAGCACCAGCAGCCGGGCGACGCACUGCACGGUGCCCCGGCCUUCCCGUCCCCGCUUGCCAUUCCAGCCAUGGAGAAUUCCAUGCUGGUUCCCGAUGCCUGGAGUAACAGCUACCCUGCCUAUUUCCCAGCUUCAUCUUUCCCAAAUGAAAACCAGCAAUAUUUUAAUUCUCCGCACAAUUUUUAUAUGAAUUCCAUCAGCAGACCACACUUCUUGGAUAUAAACUGUGCAACUGUGGACCCCACUGACUUCUUACCAAAAAAUGGUGAUUUUCCUCAGGAUUCUUCGUACCUCGAUGAGCUCUCCAACAACAACUCCCUCUUCUCGUCCCCAGCGGAUUCCCUCUCCGACAUCGCGGAUCCUAAGGACUUCCUGCCUGCCGACAGUCUGAACCAUGUGCCAACACUAUGGGAUAUAAACCCGCCGCAGCAGAACCAAAUAGAGCUGUUCUCUCCCAGCAGGUCGUUCUCCGGCUUGAACAGCUCAAGUGACCAUGCUCCUGCUGUCCCCAACACCCCCCUCCUCAUAAGCUAUCAGUCUCAGGCUCCUGCAGAGGAGGAGGAUGAAGGUGAAGAGGAAGAAACUGAGGAGUUGGGGCAAACAGAGACAUAUGCAGAAUAUGUUCCUUCAAAGUCCAAGAUUGGGAAGCAUCACCCAGACCUUGUGGUUGAAACGAGCACUCUGUCCAGCGUCCCCCCACCUGAUAUCACCUACAAGCUUUCCCUCCCGCUCUCCAUUGCCAAUAAAGGGUCCCUCUCUGCACUACAGCUGGAAGCAAUCGUUUAUGCCUGCCAGCAACAUGAAGUUUUAUUACCCAAUGGGCAGCGAGCUGGAUUCCUCAUUGGGGAUGGUGCUGGAGUAGGAAAGGGCAGGACAGUUGCAGGGAUCAUCUUUGAAAAUUAUCUUAAAGGGAGGAAAAAAGCUCUGUGGUUCAGCGUCUCCAAUGAUCUCAAGUAUGAUGCUGAGAGAGACCUGAAAGACAUUGAAGCCUCCCACAUUCCCGUGCAUGCUUUGAAUAAGAUUAAAUAUGGUGACACAGCUACCUCAGAAGGAGUCCUCUUUGCCACUUACUCUGCUUUGAUUGGUGAAAGUCAAGCAGGCGGACAACACAGGACACGCUUAAAGCAGAUUUUGGACUGGUGCAGGGAAAAUUUUGAUGGAGUUAUUGUAUUUGAUGAAUGUCACAAAGCCAAAAAUGCGAACUCCACUAAGAUGGGCAAAGCGGUGCUGGACCUCCAGAACAAACUGCCCCAAGCAAGGGUGGUUUAUGCCAGUGCCACAGGUGCUUCUGAGCCAAAAAACAUGAUCUACAUGAGCCGCCUGGGCAUCUGGGGGAAAGGCACCCCUUUCAGAGUGUUUGAGGAGUUCCUGCAUGCAAUUGAAAAAAGGGGCGUUGGUGCAAUGGAGAUCGUGGCGAUGGACAUGAAGGUCAGUGGAAUGUACAUUGCCAGGCAGCUCAGCUUCACCGGAGUGACCUUCAGGAUAGAGGAGAUCCCUCUGGAUGAGCAGUACAAGACUGUCUACGAUAAAGCAGCAAGGCUGUGGGCAGAGGCCUUGAUGGUGUUUCAGCAGGCGGCCGACUGGAUCGGCUUGGAGUCUCGCAAGUCCCUGUGGGGCCAGUUCUGGUCCGCUCACCAGCGCUUCUUCAAGUAUCUCUGCAUUGCUGCUAAAGUGCGGCGCCUCGUGGAGCUGGCCAAGGAGGAGCUGGCAAAGGAUAAGUGCAUCGUCAUCGGGCUGCAGUCCACGGGCGAGGCGCGCACCAGAGAGGUCCUGGACGAAAACGACGGCCACCUGAAUUGCUUCGUCUCUGCUGCAGAAGGCGUCUUUCUAUCACUAAUUCAGAAGCACUUUCCUUCAACCAAAAGAAAGAGAGAAAAAGGAACUGGCAUUAAAAGAAAACGGAAGCAGAAGGGCCGCUGCGCCAAGGCCCUGAAGGGCUUGUGUGAGCCCGCCGGCGUGUUCAAGAUCAGCGAUGACAGCAGCACCGACUCCGACAUGGGGCUCGACAGCGACUUCAACUCCUCACCGGAGUCGGUGUUCGAGACGGACGACGUCAUCUUCGUGGAGCACACGUUCAACGGCUUCGCGGCCGAGGACAGGGGCAAUUUUCACUUGCUGCCUUUUCAAAAAGAGAUGCAUGGCCUGAGAGAACUAGAACAUGUGGAAAAGAUGAAGCAGGACCUCCUAGCAAAAGUAAAAGCACUGGGAAAAGAGCUACCUCUCAAUACCUUGGAUGAACUGAUCAAUCACUUUGGGGGCCCGGAGCACGUGGCAGAGAUGACUGGGCGGAAGGGCCGGGUGGUUUGCAGGCCGGAUGGCUCUGUCGUGUUCGAGUCGCGUGCAGAACAAGGCCUCUCCAUAGACCACGUCAAUCUGAAGGAGAAGGAGCGUUUUAUGAAUGGGGAGAAGCUUGUAGCAAUAAUCUCCGAGGCCUCCAGCUCAGGUAUCUCUCUCCAAGCAGACAGACGGGUGAAGAACCAGAAGCGCCGGGUGCACAUGACACUGGAAUUACCCUGGAGUGCAGACCGGGCCAUACAGCAGUUUGGCCGAACGCACCGCUCCAAUCAGGUUUCUGCUCCGGAAUAUGUCUUCCUUAUCUCUGAGCUGGCAGGAGAGAGGAGGUUUGCAUCUAUCGUGGCCAAACGUCUGGAGAGCCUCGGUGCCUUAACUCAUGGAGACCGAAGAGCCACCGAAUCCCGAGACCUCAGCAAGUACAACUUUGAGAAUAAGUACGGGGCCAAAGCGCUGGACAGAGUCCUCUCCACGAUCCUCAGCCACACGGAGAACAAGGUUCCUGUGCCCAAGGGCUAUGAGAGGGGAGAAGCUUCCUUUUUUAAAGAAAUGAAGCAAGGCCUCAUCUCUGUGGGGAUCUGCUGCAAUCAGAUGAAGUACGGCACCGUCUCGGUGGAGAAGGAUUGCUCCAUCACCAAGUUCCUGAACCGGAUCCUGGGUCUCGAGGUGGAAAAGCAGAACAUGCUUUUCCAGUACUUCUCUGACACCUUUGACUACCUGAUUGAAAAGGACAAGAAGGAGGGCAAAUACGACAUGGGCAUCCUAGAUUUAGCCCCAGGAGUGGAUGAGAUCUACGAGGAGAGCAAGGAGGUCUUCCUGACGCCUGGGCACCCGCAGGAUGGGCAGGUUGUGUUCUACAAGAUCAGUGUCGACAGAGGCUUGAAGUGGGAAGAGGCCUAUGAGAAGUCGCUCAAGCUGACGGGAUCGUUCGAUGGGUUUUACCUGUCCCACAGGAUGCGAGGCUGCAAGCACACAUGUCUGCUGGCGGAGCAGAGCCGCGGCAAGAACUUCAUCCUCUACAAGCCCAACAUUGGGAAGCAGAGCCAGCCCGAGAGCCUGGAGAGCCUGCACAGGAAGUACCGGCGGGUGCUGCCAGAGGAGGCCAAGGAGCACUGGGAGAGCAGCUACCACUUCUCCUUGCAGAACUGCAACCACGCGGCCCGGAACAGGAGCUGCAGGCUGGUGCAAGAGGGGAAGGAAUGCUUCCAGGGCACGCGCCUGCGUCACUACUACAUGCUGUGUGGGGCCCUGCUGCGGGUCUGGAGCAGGAUCGCCAGCAUCAUGGCAGACAUCACCAACAGCGGCCUGCUGCAGAUCGUCCGCCUCAAGACCAAGGAGAAGAAGAAACAAGUCGGGAUAAAGAUCCCCGAGAGCUGUGUCCGGAAGGUGCUGGAGGAGCUGAAGCAGAUGGAUGAGAACGUGAAGCGGAAGCACAGCCGGCUGCUGGCGCAGGAGCCGGGCCAGGCGCUGUGCCUGCCCGCGCACGCGCUGCCGCAGCCCCUGGAGCUGGCGCCGGGACUGCCCCUGCCCGGCCGCUCCCUGCCCCGCGACGAGAUCCUCGACCUGACCUACAGCCCCCCGCGCAGCAGCGCGGCCGAGGCGGUGCUGAGCCCCGGCGCCCUGGCCUUCCCGGCUGAGCCCCUCCUGCAGCCGCUCCAGCACCGGCUGCACUUGGGCUUCGGCGGCCCGGCCGCGGCGCUGGAGGGCGGCGCGGCCCCGAGCGAGCCCCUGCCGCUGCCGCCCGCCGCGGCCCUGCAGGCGCCGCCGCCGCCGGACGACCUGCUCCCGCAGAACGGCAAUAUCAACUUCAGGGAGGUGCUGGAGGAGAUGCUGAGGACGUUGAACGUGGCCCCCCAGGAGCGCCAGAGCGUGAUCCACUUCAGUGGGCCCUUCUCUGACUUCUGAACGUGGCUGAGCCCGUGGGGCAGCCCGGCGCUGCUCAGCGCUGUGCAUCCGGUUAUAUCCUUUGGUGCAGAGAGCACAGGGAGCACUGGCUUUUCUACUGGUGUGCAUUGAUCCACUUGUGUUUUGGAGGGGAGAAGAGAGAAAAAAAAACUAUAGUUCCUUAAAGCAAAGUUUAUUUAUAUAUCUAAUAUACAGUCAGGCAUGUGUAGAUUUGUACAUACCAUGCGCUUGGGAGGAGCCGAGUGCUGCUGAACUUGGCUGGUUUGGACUCACGGUCCCUGC